GCGAGGGCGCACACAGACAGGCGCUGCGACAACUGCGACCGCGCCAGCUCCCAGCUCCUGGCAAGAAGGAACCCGGACAUGACCAGAAAGAUCUUCACAAACACCAGGGAGCGAUGGAGGCAGCAGAGUGUUAACAGCGCCUUUGCCAAGCUGAGGAAACUCAUCCCCACUCACCCUCCAGACAAGAAGCUGAGCAAAAACGAGACACUUCGCUUGGCAAUGAGGUAUAUCAACUUCUUGGUCAAGGUCUUGGGCGAGCAAAGCCUGCAGCAAACAGGAAUCGCUGCUCAGGGAAACAUUCUGGGGCUCUUUCCCCACAAGCCCCACCUGCCGGAUGUGGGUGAGAGCUCUCUACUGAAUGGCUACCGGGUUUCUUCCCCUGGCCCAAGCCAUGGCGCUCCCUAGGGUGGCUGUGACAGUCAGUCCUCAGGGCAGCACUAGUUAGAGUCACGUGGUGUCAUGCUGUGGAGAGGUAUGACUCAGGGAGUGACUGGGACAGCAGCUGAGAGCUGAAAGGAGACUUGAGCAAUAUUGCUCUGGUCCCAUUAUCCCAGAACUUCAGGCAGGCCGCCGAACGUUUCUAAAACAAAACAAAACAGAAACACAGAGAAACAAAACAGCCAUAACUUUAAAACUGCUGCCUCGCCCAUGACGUCGGCAAUGAGGAUUACCUUAUACUGGAUCCCAGAUGAAAGGACAAAGCUUGUUGCCCUCUGAAUAUAUUUAAAAGUUUACUUUGAAAAGGGAGACAUGUUUCGUUGAGGGUAAAUACAAUAAAUGUUAAGACUGAUGAAUGAAGAGAUGAAGAGGUGGAGGAAGAGCCACUAUGGAAACUAACCUGGGAGAGCCAUGAGGCCCUCUCUGGAGGGAUGUCCCUCUGGAACAGAGCGGUGAGGAUUAUGAGUGUGGAAAGGCUCCAUAUUCUUCAGCCUCUAUGGAAUCAUGAUAUUUGACUUCAGUUGAGCCUUUGAUACAUACACCGUCUCUGACACCAAAUUUCAUCCAUGUAAGGGGAAAAAAACCUUGCUAGCUUACGAACUGAACCUCAUCGCUUUCUUAUAAAAGUUAGCUAAAAUGAGUGAGUUUGAUACACUUGAUAUCGACACUUUUAAUUUAGCCCAAAUUCAUGCUGACUUAAGUCCUGCAAAGUUGAAUAGUUAUGAAAAUCCA